AUGGUGGACGGUGCAGGCGGUGGCCGAGUCUUCUCCUCGACUGAGUUGCCUGAAGAGUCCCGACGGCCUUCGGACCACGGGGAAGAGCUGAGAACCACCGCGGUCCCACCGGACCGAGACCGGAGGGGGGAAGAAGUUGUCCACCAGGCACGAGGGGACACCAGAGCUCUGUGGGGUCUCUAUGGGUCUCUAUGGGGUCUCUAUGGGGUCUCUGUGGGUCUCUAUGGGGUCUCUAUGGGGUCUCUGUGGGUCUCUAUGGGUCUCUAUGGGGUCUCUAUGGGGUCUCUGUGGGUCUCUAUGGGGUCUCUAUGGGUCUCUGUGGGUCUCUAUGGGUCUCUAUGGGUCUCUGUGGGUCUCUAUGGGGUCUCUAUGGGUCUCUAUGGGUCUCUAUGGGUCUCUAUGGGUCUCUGUGGGUCUCUAUGGGGUCUCUAUGGGGCUCUAUGGGUCUCUAUGGGUCUCUAUGGGGUCUCUAUGGGUCUCUAUGGGUCUCUAUGGGGUCUCUAUGGGGUCUCUAUGGGCUCUAUGGGUCUCUAUGUCUCUAUGGGUCUCUAUGGGGUCUCUAUGGGUCUCUAUGGGGUCUCUAUGGGUCUCUAUGGGGUCUCUAUGGGUCUCUAUGGGUCUCUAUGGGGUCUCUAUGGGGUCUCUAUGGGGUCUCUAUGGGUCUCUAUGGGGUCUCUGUGGGUCUCUAUGGGUCUCUAUGGGGUCUCUAUGGGGUCUCUAUGGGUCUCUAUGGGGAUCUAUGGGGUCUCUAUGGGUCUCUAUGGGGUCUCUAUGGGUCUCUAUGGGUCUCUAUGGGGUCUCUAUGUCUCUAUGGGUCUCUAUGGGGAUCUAUGGGGUCUCUAUGGGGUCUCUAUGGGUCUCUAUGGGGUCUCUAUGGGGUCUCUAUGGGUCUCUAUGGGUCUCUGUGGGUCUCUAUGGUUUCUCUGUUGUCUCUCUAUGGUCUUUAUGGGUCUCUGUGGUCUCUCUAUCGUCUCUCUGCAGUCUCUAUGGUCUCUCUGUGCUCUCUAUGGUUUCUCUGUUGUCUCUAUGGUCUCUCUAUGGGUCUCUAUGGGGUCUCUAUGGAGCCCCAUAGCGAGUUCUGCCCCAUAGCGGCUCCUGCCCCAUAGGGAGCUGCCC